AUGCAUGCCACUUUGGCAUUGCUGGCAUUGACAUUGUCGUCGUCGACUGUGACGGCACUCGACACGCGCUACCAUGCCACACAGAACAAAUACGGCGACUUUGUUGCCGACCGCCGCAGGCCAGCGCACCGUGAUGAAAAGGCCGGCAACCACUUUUCGAACUGGUUUCACGAUAUUGUCAAGCACGGCCGCGCCGGCGAUGGGCUCAAAGACUACUUCCUCGGCGGUCAGGUGCCCAGGAAUGCCUCUUUCCAGACGAUCCAGGACAGUCUGAACCUGACCGAUCGGCAGUCGGCCGGGACCCAAGAUCGCGUCCAUGCACCGUCCAAACCACACACCGGCCGUGGCGCACCGCACCACUGGGAUGCUCUGGAGGCCACGCAGCUCUUCAAGCACCUCGGCUUCGAGCUCGACGAGACGUGCAUCACCGACAAGGCCAACUGGUGGUACCGCACCUACGACGGCUCGUGCAACUGGCUCAAGGCCGGCGAAGCGGGCCAGGGCCGCUACGGCCAGGCCAAGUCGCGCGACUUUGACCAGCACUACUACGCCGACGGCAUCGCGGCGCCCCGCGAGGGCCCCAACGCCCGCGCCGUCAGCAAUGCCUUCUUCCGGCGCAACUCCACAAUCUACUACGAGCACACGCCGCUCCUGCUGGGUCUUAUCGAGUUUAUCAUUCACGACGUGACCUGGUCCCAGGACUCGUCCACCGAGUUUGUCGACGUCGCGAUGCCGCCCGACGAGACCGAGUUUGCGCCGAACACGACGCUGCGCGUCUGGCGUGCCGCCGCCGCGCCCGGCACGGGCACCUCGCCGCAAAACCCGCGCGAGAACAUGAACCACGCGACGACGUGGAUCGACGUCUCCUCAUUGUACGGCAGCACGCGUUCCGUGGGCGAGGCGCUGCGCACCAAGCAGGGCGGCCGUCUCAAGACGCAGGAAGUCCUUGGCGGCACCACAUGGAAGGCCCCUGAGAGCAAGAAGACGUCCUACCUGCCGUUCGACACCAUCGGCGUGCCCGUGCGGAGCCCCCCGGGUAUGGAUCCGGCCUCGCUCUUUGCCGGCGGUGACCCACGCACCAACGAGGACUGGGUGAUGCUGGCCGUGCACAGCCUGCUCCUGCGCGAGCACAACCGGCUGGCCGGCAUCCUGGCGGACAAGCGGCCGGACAUGGACGACGAGCAGUUGUACCAGACGACGCGCCUGCUCAUGUCGGCCAAGUUCCAGCUCAUUGGCAACUCGUACCAGAUGGCGUACUUUGAAAAGGACAUGCCGUGGCCGCAGGACGACGGUUUCCCCCUCUUCCGGGAGAUCCAUGGCGAAGACUGGCUGCAGAUGAACCCCGCCAACACGUACCCCUGGCCGCUGGCCAUGAAGGCCGGACGCCCCACCGUUGUGAGUGCGGAGAUGGCUGUCGUGUACCGCUUCCACGAGUUUAUUAUCAACGAGUUCCCCAUUGUCGAUGCCGGCGGCACCACGCUGCACAACCAGAGCCUGUUCGACACGGGCUUCGACGCAAAGGGCUUCAUUGGUGCCGGUCUCGAGAACAUUCUGCGCGGCGUGGUCUCGACGACCAUUCCCAACUUCAAGAGCGGCGUCGACGAGUCGUUCCGGUCCGCCGGCAAGUACCGCGGCAGCCCCUUUGACAUUGUGACGUGGUCCAUUGUGCACGAGCGGGAGCAGGGCCUGCCCACGUUCAACAACUACUUCCGCGCGUACAACGCCCAGAAGCCGGACGUCCCUGUGCCCAUCCGGGAGCGCUUCGAGGACUUUACCACCAACCCGGAGCAUCUGGCCGCCCUCAAGACGCUGUACACGUCGCCCGACGAGGUCGAUCUCGUCGUCGGCUGCCAGCUCGACGAGACCAUGUUCCCGGCCACGUCCGUGCCCAAGUCGUCGCUGAUUGUCAGCCUCUUCAACUUGAUCAGCAUGGGCAACGCCGACCGCUUUUCCGUGGGCUAUGCCGCUAUGCGCUGCUGGCUCGUCGACAAGCCGUGGGACUGCCACCCCAGCAAUGCGCUCGAAGACCUGCUCUGGAAACCCGUCGCCAAGGAAGGCUUCCCCAACUUCCGCUUCUAUGACGACUUUUGGAUGGAGGAGCUCGACUUCCAGGCUCAUGGGCAGAAUUUGCUGUGGCGCAUCGUCACGGAGAACACCGACAUCAAGUGCCUGCAACAGCACCCGCUCUUCCCGGCCGACCCCAAGACGAACCCGGUCUUGUGCGUCCAGCCGCCGACCAAGGUCAACUUGGCCGUGAUUGCGUCCACGGCGACCGAGGUGACGCUGUCUCUCGUCAAAGCGCACUACGUUUCGAUUCUUGCUACGGUCCUGGCCGUUGCUGCCUCCGUUUACCUGAUCCGGUACGCCACAGACCGCGAGGACGGUUUCCCGCGGGUUCUCUAUGGCUGGCCGAUCCUAGGCGAAGGCUAUGCCUUUCAAAAAGACGCCAAGGCUGUGCUUCUCAAAGGCCUCCAGAAACUGGGCAGCCGUGCCGGCCCGUCCAACGCCUUCGGCAUGCACCUCGGCCCGCAGACGCAUUAUCUUCUGUCACAGCCGGCGGACUUGCAAAUGAUGCUCGACGACAACCCGUACGGCGUGCACUUCAACCUUGACAAGUUCUUUGCCGGCCUCGGCGCACCCAUCUUCUUGGGGAAAGACGUCUUCUCCAUCAACCUGCACGCCACCCUCAUCCGCACGCACCUGGGCAACCCGGACACCGUCCGCCAGUUCGGUCCCACCAUCGCAGCCGCUGCCGAGCGCUACCUGCGGGACAACCAGCUGGCACCGAGCGAUGGUCGCCCUGUCGUGCACCAGACGCUGAGCAGCUGGAUGGACCGUUUCAGCACGAGUGUCAGCGCGCGCUGCAUGCUUGGCGCCGACGCCGACCAGCACCCCGAGCUCAUUGACCUGUUUCUCAAGUUCAAUACCACCGUCGACACUGUCAUGCAGCUGUCGAGUGUGCUCCCUUCGUUCCUCAGCUUCAUCCCGCAGAUCCAGAUCAACCGCAGCUACAAGGAGUUUAGCAAGAUCUUCUUGCCCAUCAUCCAACGCCGCCGUGCCGACCCGGCCUCCAGCCAGGACGGCAACGGCCAAGGCGGCCUGCUCGACUUUAUGCCGUUUAUUUUGGAAGCCGUCGACGACGACCAUUUGGCGUCCAACCUGGUGGCCAUUUCCGUCUGGAUCGGCCUGCGCAACCUGCAGGUCAGCGUGACGUCGACGCUGCUGGACCUGAUCAACGAACCGGGCCUGGCGGACCAGGUGGCGGCGUCGUUGAAGGAUGCCCCCCUCGAGACCCUCGACACGUUCUCGUUUGCCGCCCAGGCCGCCAACGGUAAGGCCAAUGGCAAGACCAACGGCUCGGCCAGUGCUGCCCCUGGAGGUGGCACGUCCGGUACGCCUUGGGCCCUCCUCCGCAGCGCUGUUCUCGAGUCCAUCCGACUGUGCGGCACCAUCACGGGCCCCGCUCGCAUCAUUGCCGCCACCAAGCCCCUGCCGCUGCGCUCGGAUCCGUCCGUCCGUCUCCCGCCCGGCAAGGUCGCCACGCUCUCCACCUGGUACACCCACCGCCAGACGGCCAGCUUUGGCCCCGAUGCCGCCCAGUACCGCGCCGACCGCUUUGUCGACAGCAGCCCGGCCAUUGGCAGUGUCCGCAACAUCUCGUUUGGUCUGCAAGGACCGCGCAUCUGCCCGGGGCAGUGGUACGUCCAAGAGGCCAUUUGCAUCAUGGUGCAGCAACUGCUGGCUGGGUACACGUUUACCCCGUCGGUGACGCGGGCCGGCGAUGCCGACAAAUACAUUUACCACGCGGGCGUGGUGACACGGAAGGAGGUGCCAGUGACGGUGACCAGGAAGGCGUAG